CAUUGCAUGUUCCUGCAGUAGAGCACAAUUGUAGUAGCGAUAAGGUUGUGGGCUUGAUUCCCAAAAAGAUGUACGGUAUGGCUUGAAUGCAGUGUAAAAUGUUCCAGGCAAAUGAAAUGGAAAUAAAUUAAAUGAGAAGGCAAAACAUCACAGAGAUUGGGGAUGGACUCUUUUGAGUUGGGUUAGCAAAUAACCACACAGAAUACCUUAUGUCAAGUUGGGUUCAAUUCGGUUUGGUCUUUAAAACUUAUUUGUGGCAGUGUGAGGAAGCAGAGCUAAAUUUGGUCACUCCUUUUCCUGAUAGCCUGUUUUCCCCAGGUCCAUUCAAUUCCCGGUACGGUAUUAAGCUGGCUUACUUGAGGCCAUACAAGGCUGUAAGACACACUAAUCUCUGGAGGUGAGUCUUGAGCAUCUAGGCCACCAAGACUACAGGAGAUGUGGCUAAGGAUAGCUCCUCUAAGGGGAUUACUAGAAGUGUGAGGGCGUGUCCUAUGACACGCAAGACAAGCCAGCGCUCAAGGAUUAGGCCAUUAGUGCUUAGUUGAGUCGCACCAAGGACACAGCCACUCUCUUAUCUGCCACUCUCUGCAACCCAGACCUACAACUUCCACUAGAAACCAUGUCGAAGGAAAAACUGGAAGGCCUGGUGAAGCGCAUGGAGGUGACCCUCGUGGAGAUGGAGCAGCUGAAGCUGCACUGUGGCCGGCAGAGCGAGGAGCUGAGCCAGCUGGUGGUGGAGCUCCGCAGGGAGAACCAGGAGCUCGCUGAGAAGUACAACCAGCUGGCCCAGGACAUGAAGGAGGCUAAAGAAAUCAUCGAGCAGUUGCAGGACACCAAGUACGCUUUUGACGCCAAGGAGAGGCAAGCCCAGAAGCUCAGCCGACAACUCUGAAAGACCACAAACGGACUGACGACCCAAUGUUUACUAGGUGCAUGUUGGGAAUAUUUUUGAUUACAGAGACUUGUUAUAAAGGAGUGAAG